AUGCCGGCUGAAAGGCGCUCUCUGAGAUCGAACAGCAAGUCAGAUACCUCUUCAUCUGCUAACGGUGAGAAGGGACGCUCCACUUCGCAGAGCUCUAGUUCCAACAAAGAUAAGCCGGCGCCUACCCGCGCUGCUGCCAACAAGGCCAAAGCUGCCUCUACCACGAAAGGCGCCUCGUCGAAUAAUACUGCCAAUUCCGGAAUGGGUGAGCAGCGUGAUCAGCCGCGUGCCAACGGGUCCGACCCGACGGAGAAUGGCGUGAAUGGCUCGGAAGAUGUUGAGAUGGGAGAGGAUACGGCAGGUGGGCCUACAUCCUCAUUCAACGCCAGUCAAGACCGCAAGGGUGACGAGAAGAUGACUGUUGUAGUGCCCCCUACCAAGGGUUCCAGGUUAUCCGGCGAGAAAGGAACGGAUAAAGAAGGCGACGUCGCCAUGGAGGGUGCUGAGGGCGAGGAUGCCGAGCCCGAGGUUGAUCCCAAGACCAAGGCCAUCCAAGACAUCAAGACCAACUUUACCCUCCUCGAACGAGCCGUUACCCACUUCGACCCCAGAUUCACCCUCCGCGUCCUGCGCUCGAUAUCGUCCAUGCGCAAACACAUCACGGGUGAUGUGCUAGCAGAAGUUAUCGAGGAGACUUACUCAUCGUCAAGUGUUACCGCUUCAUUCUUGUUGAAUGCUCUUGACCAAGCAGGUGCCCUGGGCGGUGCUCGGUCCAGCGCGAAGAUGGAAAUUGAGUCGGAGAAGACCAAGUCUGCUCCCAAGGAGACCCUGCCCGAGGUUGAUAUCUACAUGUCUAUCCUCGUCCAGAUCUUCUUGUAUGACAAGAAGGAGAUUCAGCUGGGUGCCAAGUUCUCGGCGAACCUGAUUGAGCGUCUGCGGACGCUUAAUCGCCGUACCCUUGACUCUCUGGCAGCUCGUGUCUACUUCUACUACUCUCUCUUCUAUGAGCAGAUUGCUCCCCUUCCCCCAUCGCCUGCUGCUACCGUGACUAAGAUUCGCCAGCCCUUGCUCGCAGCCCUGCGGACGGCAGUGCUUCGCAAGGAUGUAGACACCCAGGCUACCGUGAUGACGCUACUGCUGCGCAACUACCUAUCUACGUCUCACAUCUCGCAGGCAGACCUUCUCAUUUCGCACAACAAAUUCCCCCCAUCGGCGUCCAACAACCAGAUCGCCCGGUACCUCUACUACCUGGGUCGCAUCCGGGCCAUUCAGUUGCAGUACACCGAUGCCCAUGGGCACUUGAUCGGUGCCACUCGCAAGUCGCCUUCCAGUCACAGUGCGCGUGGUUUCUACCAGGCUUCUCAUAAACUGCUCGUCGUGGUGGAGCUCCUCAUGGGUGACAUUCCCGACCGGGCCAUUUUCCGACAGCCCGCUCUUGAGCGCGCCAUGCACCCCUACUUCCUCCUUGUUCAAGCUGUCAGUGUGGGUGACCUGGAUGGGUUCCUCAACAUCGUCAACACCCACAGUGCGACGUUCCGCAAGGACGGUACGUACACUCUUAUCCUGCGUCUGCGCCAGAACGUUAUCAAGACCGGCAUUCGCAUGAUGUCUCUCUCCUACUCUCGCAUUUCGCUCCGGGAUAUUUGCCUGCGUCUUGGACUGGACAGCGAGGAGUCUGCCGAGUACAUUGUGGCCAAGGCUAUCCGUGACGGUGUGAUCGAGGCCAGCUUGGACCACGAGCACGGAUUCAUGAAGAGCAAGGAAGUGGGAGACAUCUAUGCGACCAGGGAACCCGGAGAAGUGUUCCAUGAGCGCAUUAGAGCUUGCUUGAGUCUUCACGACGAAAGCGUCAAGGCCAUGCGGUUCCCCAUGAACCAACACCGUCUGGAAUUAAAGAGUGCGCAGGAGGCACGGGAGCGUGAGCGGGAGUUGGCCAAGGAGAUCCAGGAAGGAGACAUGGAUGACGAGGAUGCCGGCGGCGAUUUCGAUGCAAUCUACAUCUUGUUUGACUCAAUUUUAGCUACUUUCCUCACACAUCCCCCGAAAAUGAAAGCACGCACGGUGCCGGCAUCCGGGCUGGUACUCUCGUCACGCGUCACGUCUCCCACGAUAGUUUGCUGGCAAUGCCUCCGGAAUGAAUUGGUUGCGAACCAAUUCCAGCUUCAAUCACGAAAGUAUCAUCCCACAAAACGUAACAAUGUAUCGCCGUUCGGUGCCGCCGUCUCCGCAGCUCAGACCAUCUUCAAAGGCCUACCCAAGGCACCUCCGGGCAUCUCCGUCGACCCAUUGCGGAUGGUAGGAAAGGAACUCAAAUUCUUGACGAAGAACCUCCGGCAGCUGCUCGGGUCCGGCCAUCCUACACUGGACAAGGUGGCCAAAUAUUACACCCGCAGUGAGGGUAAACACAUGCGGCCGCUUCUGGUGCUGCUGAUGUCUCAGGCGACGGCGCUGUGUCCCCGGAAGGCGGGCACGGACAACAAUUCCGCAACAGUGAACGACCCAAUCAGCUCGCCCUCAAUCCUCGUCGAUAAGAAUCCGGACUUGGAUGUGCUCUCAUCCGGUAGUGCAGAUGCGCCGUACGACUUUGCCGGCGACAAGGACAUCCUGCCCACCCAGCGGCGGCUUGCUGAAAUCACCGAAUUGAUCCACACUGCGUCUCUCCUGCACGACGACGUCAUCGAUAAUGCUGAGUCCCGCCGUUCUUUAACGUCCGCCAACCUUCAGUUCGGAAACAAGAUGGCCGUUUUGGCGGGAGACUUCAUGCUGGGUCGGGCCUCCGUCGCUCUCGCGCGGCUGAGGGACCCAGAGGUCAUUGAGCUGAUGUCGACUGUCAUUACCAACCUCGUUGAGGGCGAGUUCAUGCAGUUGAAGAACACCGCUGCGGAUGAGAAGAACCCCGUUUUCACGGACGACACCCUUUCGUACUACCUGCAGAAGACAUACCUGAAGACGGGUAGCUUGAUCAGCAAGUCCUGCCGGUCGACUGCCGUGUUGGGUCACAGCGCUCCCGAGGUUGUCGAAGCCUCCUACCAGUACGGACGUAACUUGGGACUGGCGUUCCAGCUUGUGGACGAUAUGCUGGACUAUACCGUGACCGAGGCUGAAUUGGGCAAGCCAGCUGGCGCGGACCUGGAGCUCGGUCUUGCUACGGCCCCGCUGCUCUUUGCCUGGAAGCAGUUCCCAGAGCUUGGCCCGUUGGUUGGUCGGAAGUUCAGCCAGCCCGGCGAUGUUCAGAAGGCUCGGGAACUCGUUUUCAAGGCCGACGGUGUUGAACAGACCCGUAUCCUGGCUCAGGAGUAUGCGGAUAAGGCUGUCGCUGCGAUCUCCGACUUCCCCGACAGCGACGCCAAGGCUGGAUUGGCCCAGAUGUGCGAGAAGACCAUGAAGCGGAGAAAGUGA